GUAAGCCAUGAGACAAGAUGAGGAUCUCUCACUUGGCAGGCCUCCUGUCCAUCGUGUCCGGCACCCUAGCUGCGACCUUCAAGUCCUGCACCGCCGCGCAAAUCGUCACGCUCGAAGCGGCCAUCGAGCGAGCGACCAACAAGUCCCUUGCGGCGAUUGAACACUUAGAGGAUAACCCCAACGGUAGCGAUGUCCAGACGACGUGGUACGGGACGUUUAGUACCGCGCGCUAUAACCGCGUGUUGACGGCUUUCAAGGAUUGCUCUUGUACCAGCACCGUCGUCUAUGCAACGAUUGGCGGCACGUACGGCGACGUCAAGAUCUGUAGUGUGUACUUCAACGAGGCGAUGCUACCGCCUACUGGGCGCCAUCGGAAUCAAUGGGACACCAUUAUCCAUGAGGCGACGCACAUGCGAGACGAGACGUGUUGGGGACGACUGAUUAUGGGGACGACUGAUUAUGGGUACGAUGUCGACUUAUGCAAGCAAUUCGCCCUUGAAGAUCCUGAGAAGGCGGUUAAGAACGCAGACAACCACGCUCGCUUCGCGGUUGAGGUGCCGCCUUGGGGUCCCUAG